CAGGCGGGAUGGUUUGUAUUGACAUGUUAAGUGGGUGCUCCUAUAAAAAGCUUCCACGGGUUCUCCGCUCAGGGCAGCGGAGAGGGACAGAAAUUAACUUCAAGCAGAGUAAAUCAAAAUCUGGACUAAAAGAACCAAAAAGAAUGGUGGCAACAUCAGAAUGUGGUGAAAAGGGCAAACCCGGAAGCAAGGUUUCAAAACCUCUCAUGGAGAAGAAGCGAAGAGCGCGGAUAAACCAGUGUCUGGACGAGCUGAAGUCGCUCCUGGAGAGCUACUACAGCAGCAGUAUUCGAAAGCGCAAGCUGGAGAAAGCCGACAUCUUAGAGCUCACGGUGAAACAUCUGAGGAACCUCCAAAAGAUUCAGAGCAUUUCCGCCGGUGUUUCUGAGUUUCCUGAUUACCAGCUGGGCUUCCGGAACUGCCUGGCAAACGUCAACCAGUACCUGCUGCUGGCUGAUCACCUGAACGGGAGUGAGCGCUGGAUGAUGUCGCAACUGUCUAACAAGCUGUGUCGCUCUUGGCGGAGAAGUGAAGCGUCCAGCACCACGGACAGCGACCCGAGCCAACCUGAGGCGGCGGAGGAGAAGGAGGAGAAGGAGAAGGAGGAGGCGGAGAGGCUUCGGCUGCCGAGCGCAAAUGGACACGAAGGAGAGAGGAACCCGACCAGAUCUGUAAUACCGAAACCCCGAACGGCUCACACGGCCUCUACUUUAGCCAUGGAAGACACGAACAAGUUAUCUGAUGCCAAACAGACGCGUGUUUUUGCGCAGAAAGCUCCCACGGGAAGCAUGGAAACGCAAAGCAGCCGUCACCGGAACCCUGAGUGCGCCAGUCCGCGGCUUGACGCUGGGAACGCGGAGCGCCAUGUGUGGCGGCCCUGGUGAAGCUGAUGGGAAACUCGCUCACUGAAUGUUUAUCAUUGCACUGUAGACUUUCACCACUGUGUUAUUAAGUUCACUUAUGUAUUAUUUUAUU